GCUAGAUCUGACGAUGCCCACCAAGCACGAGCGUGACGAGCCUGCCGCCAGCUCGGAUGAUGAAAGGCCCAUGCCUAUGCCUAUGCCGGCUCUGCCUCCGAAGAAGAAGGCCAAGAAGCUGCCAUUUGAGGCCACGUAUCUAAAGAACCUCCCAAGCGCGGCCAUGUACGAGCGCAGCUUCAUGCACCGGGCCACGGUAUCGCAUGUGCUGGUGGCACCAGAGACGCAGUUCAUCAUCACGGCCAGUGAGGAUGGCCACGUAAAAUUCUGGAAAAAGAUGGCCAAAGGUAUCGAGUUCGUCAAGCACUACAAGGCCCACCUCAAGGAGGUGCACGGCCUUGCUGUGUCGGCCGAUGGACUUCGACUGUGCAGCACAUCGGCCGACCGCAGCAUCAAGUUCUACGACGUGCUGGCCUUCGACAUGGUCAACAUGCUGAGUGUGGCCUACACGCCGGCCGAGUGUUGCUGGAUCUCAGCCAAAGGGGCCAUCGAUCCAAAGGUGGUGGUGGCCGACGAAAACAGCUCGGCCCUGCGUAUCUACACGGCCGAGAGUGCGGCCAGCGAGCCUGUGUACACUAUUAGCAAGUUACAUGCCGCUCCAGUCACGGCCGUGGCCUACAAUCCCGUGGCCAACUGCGUCAUCUCGGCCGACCAGAAGGGGAUCAUCGAAUACUGGGACGCCGACACGUACAAGCUCCCCACGAAAGCCAAAGGAGUAGUCAAGUUCAAGUUUAAAGGCGAAACGGAUCUGUUUGAGCUGGCCAAAUGUAAGACGUUCGCCAUGGCCAUCGACGUCUCGCCUGAUGGCCAGAGCUUUGUCGUCUCGGCCAAGGACAGCCAGAUCAGAGUGUUCAGGUUCGCCACAGGCAAGAUGCGACGCAAAUACGACGAGAGUUUGACUGUAUUCGAGGACGCACAGGCGGACGACACGCUGCAUCUGGAUGCUCUUGACUUUGGCCGGCGGGCCGCUGUCGAGCGCGAGUUGGCCCACUCGGACGCCGUGUCCAACUGCGUGUUCGAUGAGUCCGGCCACUUCAUUCUGUACGCUACGCUGGCCGGCAUCAAGGUGUUGAAUAUCGAGACAAACAAGGUCGCCAGAGUAGUCGGCAAAGUGGAAAGCUCGGAUCGCUUCCUGCGUCUCAGUCUAUUCCAAGGUAAACCCAAGGUGAACACGCAGUUCGAGAAACACCUCAAGGCCGCGUCUGGCCUCAAACACGAGGCUGAAGUGAUGGCCGACUCUGAGAAAGAGCGGGACACGAUCGACCCCACCCUGUUCUGUACAUCGUUCAAGCGCAACCGCUUCUUCCUCUUCUCGUCCAGAGAACCUGACGAGGGUGAAGGCGAAGACGGUACGGCAACUGGCCGCGACGUUUUCAACGAGAAGCCUACACUGGAGGAAGCCCAGGUAGCGACCGAGUCCAGUAACGCCAAGGUGCUUGGAGACACGGCCGUUAUCCACACGACUAUGGGAGAUAUCACACUCAAACUGUUCGGCAAGGAGUGUCCAAAGACAGUCGAGAAUUUCUGUACGCACGCUCGCAAUGGCUACUACGACAACCUCAUUUUCCAUCGUGUGAUCAAAAACUUCAUGGUCCAAACAGGCGACCCAUUGGGCGAUGGCACCGGCGGUAAGUCCAUUUGGGGCGGCGAGUUCGAAGACGAAUUCCAUCGCAGCUUGCGACACGAUCGGCCGUUCACGCUGUCGAUGGCCAACGCUGGCCCUGGCACGAAUGGCUCGCAGUUUUUCAUCACGACUGUCCCUACUCCGUGGCUAGAUAACAAACACACGGUGUUCGGCCGUGUGGAGCAAGGUAAAGAUACCGUCUCCAGUAUUGAAAGCGUACGCGUUGACAAGUCCGAUAAACCGCUCAACGACAUCAAGAUCAUUAACAUUGACAUCUUCUAGAUCUGGAAAAUAUACUCAUUGGAUGAGAAUUACGCUGGGGUAGUCGUGUUGCUAUCAGUCGGAUUGGUAGCUGCGUUGUUGCUAUCGUUACUGAAACUUGCAGCUAGAGCUAG